GGCGCAAAUACUGUGAAAUCACGGCAACGAAAAUUAUUUUUAAAAUAGUGUUCGACGCGUGCGCGUCGACGAGCGAACAAACCUCCUUGCACCGGCAUUGGUGCACAGCUUCGGGACGGCCAAGUAGUUCUCAAAUCGUCCUCUACGCUCUAGAGACCCUUACCUACCUCUGUGCGAAGUUUCAAGUCCUCCCUCUGAAGUGGCAUACCCCGAAAAUAAAAAGCAUCCUACAGAUUUCGGAUCCCCGACUAGAACUUAGAGUUAGAAGCUGAUUUCAGCAAUGAAAAUGUAGCUGCCGUUCUUGGAGGUCAAAGGUGUGCCGUUGGCGGAUCUGCGGAGUUCCCGGCGGCGUCUCUCCUGAAGGCGCAGAAACUAUUGCGUGAUGCAGUCAAGGACAAGGAUAGUGGUGUGCAGAUCAGCGGAGGUUUAGGAAUAAAUAGUGAAAUAGGCGGACUCAUUAAUUUGUCUAACUUACUCUGCUGACGAUGGAUGAAGUAGGAUUGAAAAAGACAGUAGUAACGAACACGAUGGCGUUUAGCGGUGCAGGCAGCGGCAAAGCUACGAUUGCCGGUACUAUUAUGGUGGAAUACCGGAGGGUUAAAGAUUUGAUGCGGAAGGCCGACAAUCGUGGUAUUGUCCUUGCGUCGCCACUGUUUGCUGAGCGGCAAUACCUGGACUUGCUGCGUGGUCAUGCACAGGAACAGAACGGCACCUUCUGCAAAGGUCUCUUUGAGCUACUGGCAAGCCUGGUCACUGAGGAUGAAUCAGCUACGUUUCAAUUUCGCCUGACGCAAGAGGAUAUCUCGGAAGCUGUGAAGGUGCUCACUAUGUACAAAACUGAACUGUCGGUGGUGGAUUCCGUUUGUAACUUCUUGGACAUCGCAUUGAAUCGGCCAUCACCCAGGGAUGAUGGCGAGCAGGUUCCCAUCGUGGAGCUAUGUCCGGGAAGGGAGUGUAUCGAGAUAUGCAGGAGCUUUGUAAACAUGAUGGAGCACGUCGACAGGACCAAGCUGAAGAACAACGCCAUCAAACGUUUCACAACGCUCAUCCUGCACAUGCGCGGCAUCAUCCAAGAAACCGGAGCAAUGCAAGCAAUCACCGAGUUGAACAUUGACGUGUCGCUGUCCAAAGUCCUGUGUUACUUGGAGCCCUCCCGGAAUCUUGUCGAAGUCUGCGCCAAGCUGCUCAAGUUUUUCGUCACAGAUGAUACCUUGAGGCAUGCGCGUCGCCAGGGAGUGUCAGCCGCAGUUGUGCAUGAACGAGCAGACGCCGCCCUUGCCACCUGUGUUGAGGGUGAGGACGAACAGUGGGCGGACAAUCCUCAAAUGAGAACAGCAGUGCGGGAGCUGCUAUCUGCAUAUGGUUACAUCCCUGCCUCCUCUCUAGUUACUCCUGCGGCAGCUGAUUCCGCCGACGUGACUCUCACAGCUCCCACUUCUGCUGCUACUGCUGCUGCUGCUGCUGCCACCUCGACUUCUGCAACUGCUGCCCCUGCUGCGGUGUCUCCCGCAGCUGCACCUGCUGCCAUAGCAACGUCGUCGCCCGACUUGUCGGCUGGCACACGAUCUACAUCUUCUGGAGCAAAACGAGGUACGGGUCCGUCCGACGAGGCCAUGCAUGAAGCUACGAAUAGCACACUGAGCAGCGGUUCGACCAGAGUACGCCGUAUCCGCAUCGGCCUCUGCGGUCAGUUUGGAACCGGCAAGACGAGCCUGGCGGAUUCGCUCAAGAACAAGCAGUUCGUGGACAAGAAGCCAAGUACACCGUUGCUCGUUGUUGAUCAUGGCAAUAUGCUCCAGGACGGAGGAAACCUGACAGAUUGGAAGUUCAAUGCUGCACUCCUCUGCGCUCCGGACAUCCUUGAUCAGGCUGAAGAUCUUGAGAAGAAAUACCAACAAGAACAAGAACAGCAGCAACAGGAGCAAGAAGCUGCAAGACUGGCCGAGCCAGCGGCGAAAGUCCCAAAGCGAGCUAAGUCUACAGGACUCCAGCGUGAGGGAACAGCGACGAAAGAGGCAGCAGUAGAACAUCCACGGCGCCAAAAGCAGCAACACCCCAUCGUAGUGCCUGGACACCGAGAAAACGUGGAGGGGAGCUCUGCACCAAGACACAAGCAGUCACCGAAGGAAACAUCAAAACUCACUGCAGAUCCAGAAGCAGCACUCAGCUCUGUUGAAUUGACACAGAGCCUGGUUGAUGUCAUCUUGGCGAACCAAGAGCUGAUGCGAGAAAUCCGCAAAGAAGAAGUGGUGGUGUCCAUUUGGGAUUGCGGCGGCCAAUCAGUCUUCUCAAGCCUGCAGCAUUUCCUAAUGGGUGAAGAUUACGUCAUCUAUAUUCUCUGUUUCAACGCCUCAGAAAACCUGCAGCUCACCAAACAGCAGAACUACUGGAAGUGGUCAGGGAGUACACUGUCUGAAAUGACUCUGGACGUACCGGAGGAGCUGAAGAACAUCGACCACAUUCGGCACUGGCUAACAGCCAUCCACUUUGCCAGCAACCCAGGCAAGGCUGUGGGAAGCGAGGCGUUCGACUACCCGCCUGUGAUAUUGGUGGGGAACUUUGCCGACAAGCUGUCGACAGAUAGGACACUUUCGGAGCACAAGAUCGAUAUCCUCGAGAAGCUGCGAAACCUCUGUUGGCGGUCACCAACAUUGAAGGGUGUGAUCAAGACCGAUGACAUUGAUCGCGCAGGGUUGUUCCUUGUGGACAACCACGAGUCCGGAGCUUCUCAAGAAGUUCUAGGUAUCCGAGAGAAGCUGCAGGAUGCUGUUUCAUCAGUGCUGGCAGACAAGGAGAUGCCGACGGAAUGGGUUCGCUUUGAGAUGAUACUGGAGUAUCUCAAGAAACAACCCGCCCACACUGGCUACACAACACGAGGAUGGAUGAAGACACUGUUGGAGAAGGCCUGCAAGAUCCAGGAUGACUCCGGCAUGGACGGUGCUCUAUCCGAGUUCGAGCGUCUUCUUCGGUUCUACAACGACCUUCGUGUGAUUAUCUAUCGGCCGGCAAACAUGAACUUGCCGCAGCCUGGUGACAUCAUCUUCCACAACACACAGUGGCUCAUCAGGCAGAUCAACGUCCUCGUCUUUGGCCACAAGUACCUGGAUGAACCUGGCGGAGGUGACGGCAAGACGGAGAAGAAAGCAGGGAGAGCAGGGAGAGCAGAGACGGAGUGGCGCGACUAUCUGUGGAAGGAGGGUAUAGCACGCAUGCCACUAAUAGAGUGUGCCUGGGAGGAGGUGAAACGAGAAGUACGUGAAAAGAUGCUUGACGUGAUGGUCGACUGGGAUUUCCUGUACAAAUUCGGAGACGGCCAGCAAGCAAAGUAUUUCAUCCCGUCUGCUCUUCAACACCGACCGCCGAAGAAAAUCGAGGAGGCCAUGCGCAGCUUCCAGCCGGACAAUGACCCAAACGACGUCUGCUUCUCCACGGCUGACACACCGUUACUGAUCGUGGUUCAGCCACCAGGCAAGGCUGAUGAAGACGUCAGAGGCUACAAGUAUCCCGACGCGGACACACCGAUGCCACACAGCUCCUACUUCAAGCUACUUGUAAGGCUCAUGGGAAAGUGGGACAUCACAAAUACCGACCGGAGUCGCUGUGAGUUCACCUACAACACAGCCAGGUUUCGGCUGCCGAAGCAGCUCCGUGAGCAGCUCCGUGAGCAGUUCCCAGGCAAGGUGGAAAUCUUCUUGGCUCACUACGACUCGUCAGGUGCCCUGUUGGUCAGCAUCAACUUCCGGUACUCACCUAAAGGUGCUGCUGGCUCUUCUGAUUGCUCGCCUGACUCUGUUGCCUGCGCCUCUGAUUGGCUGCAGCCAAUCUCAUCUAUAUGCCAGCAUGUCCGCAAGGGUAUCAUGGAGGAGUUGGGUAAGCUGGAGAACCCGAAAAUGGACAAGCCAGUCAUGUUCAGUUUACCACUACCGCCAGUGUGCGCAUGCAAAGCACAGGAGUGGAAGGACUACAGCAGCGAAAGCCGGGACCUCGGAUAUGCACCGUGGCGCGUACGCUACAGUGAAUCCGGUGCUCAUCACGAUCCGUACUGUGCCAAGUGUAAUUCGGAGUACAGCAUACCCAACAACUCAAACUGCUGGUUCAAAGCUAGUAGUAGCUUCCAGCUCGAAGGACAGCAGAAUGCUGUAGCGAGGAAGCAAGUGGCACUCUGGAAGAAGAAAGCGGAGAUUGCCAAUGAUCAGUCACUUCCUACGGAGGUGAAGAAGUUCCUUGCUGACCGUGCGGACAAGUGUUUGUGUAUGCUGGCUGGAAGCAGAGAUACACUUGCCGUGGCACCAUCGUCGUUCGGCACUAUCGAGCCGGCUGUGGGUCUGGCGGAGAUAUGGAUGCUGUGCUGCCAGUAUGUCGGUGCUGGGCAUUCGGAUGUGAUCCUGCGUGCUGCUCGCAUGUGCGACACUCUGCAGAGCGAAGAUCAGCUUGUUCGUGUUCUAAGUCACUUCUGUGAGGAGAAACAGUGUGGCACUUCUGAGCGGACAUUGAAGGUUUCCAUCAUGUCACCUCUUGUGGCAAGGAAAAGAUGCCAGCGGUACCCGCGUCCAUUGUGGUGCUUCUUGCUGCUCAAACACUGCUUCAUCAUCAAGGAGAAGGGCAUAGAUGUUAGCAAUCAAAUCGGUGAUUUGCCAGCUAUCGACUCGAGCGACUGGAGCUGGAUUGCUCCUGUGGUUUCUCCUCCUGCCAGCGUCCAGGCCACACUGCCCGCUCCUGCCAGCGUCCAGGCCACACUGCCUGCUCCUGCCAGCGUCCAGACCACACUGCCUGCUCCUGCCAGCGUCCAGGUCACACUGCCUGCUCCUGCCAGAGUCCCGGCCUUGCUACCUGCUGCAUCAGGCAUGGGUAUGCCACCAGCUAGCAGGGAUCCGUCUCGUGUUGUGGUUGACGAAGUGACAAAGGGUUCAGAACAAGCCUUGCCACGGUCCUCUAGACCAACUCGCUUCGGAAAACUGGCGUGUAACUUCUCCAAAGUUGCGAACCAAGGUGCAGAGCAACAUUCAGCAGAGAUGAUGGCCGGUGAUUCCAGCGGUUCAGCCUCCGGUACAGCGGAGUCUGUGCCCGUACCUGUCAGCGUGCCAGUCGAGAACGAUACCGCUGGAGACAAGGCUAGUACGCUUGCUUGCAGCGCCACGGACAAGCCAGGUGACGUCUCGAGUCAUCCUGGCUCGCUCUGCCGUCAAGGUUCGGCCGAUGAUUUGAUGAAAUCGCCCGUGAGCGGUCCUACUGAUGACAGUGGUAACACACCCUUGCCAGUGGAGUUGGUCAUCGAUGCUACGACGUCCAUAGCCGCAAAUCGAUGUUGCGAGUGUGAUGUGGAUAUUAGCGGUGGAGAUCUGCAAGAUGAGUCCGCUGAACACCUUGACGAGGCAGGUGACGCAGCAGAAGCAGAAGCAGCCGUAACAGCACCACCAGAAGAAGCGACAGUACCUGCAGCGACAGUGGAAGGAGGUCAGCCCGAAAGUGAAGCCAACGCUCGCUGCGCAGAUCAAUAUGGUAAUGUGCAUACAACAACAGAUGUCUCGCCGUCUCUUCGUUUGCUUUCGGGCGACGGAGACCUGUGUGAUGUCAUCACAAGGAUAUUUGCCAGUGGGACGACGUCAUCACCAGCGACAGGCGUGUUUAGCUGUGCUAUUGACCUCUCUAACCCGGUCAUGCUGCUAGCUAAGAGUGUUGCCAGCGAUGACACCGACACCCUACGAGUGGUAUUGCAAUGCCAGCGCGAGCAUGUGAAUGGCUGCUUUAGCCCGUACUCUAUCCGCGCUGUUCACGUGGCCGCCUGCUUUGGCAAGGACGAGGGUGUGCGCCUGCUGCAUGAGUUUGGCGCUGACAUCGAGGCUCAACUGGCGGAUGGCAGCACUGCAUUGCAUAUCGCUGCGCUGAGAAAUGAAGUGGAUACCAUCCAAGCACUGUCUAGCCUAGGUGCAGAUCCGGACAUCACAGACAAAGAACAAUGCACGGCACUGCACUUGACGGCAAUCCGAGGGUGCUUACAGGCCUGUGAAGAAUUGAUAACGGCCGGAGCAAACACCAACGCACAGGAUUGCAGUGGCAGCACACCACUCCACUGUGCUUGCCAAAACGACAGAAUGCAUGUCGCUGACUGCCUCCUGGCUGCCGGAGCGGACAUGACUGUCUGCACACAGAGUGGCAUGAAUGCUACGGAGUGUGCAGCAGCUGCAGGCUCUACUGAAAUCCUGGAACUACUGCUGGAUCGGUCUCCACAGCUUGCCAACGUUGCCGGUGACGAUGGAUUUCGGCCAUUGCACCAUGCCGUUCUCCAUGGCAACUACUGCACAGCCAGUCUGCUGUUGAAUCGGGAGGAAAUUGAUGUGAACGUCCGCGGGCCGAAACUCGAUACGCCGUUGAUGCUCGCCGCACUGCACGGAGACAAGGCGUGCGUGGAGCUGCUGGUGCGCAGCAACGCCGACUUGAACGCCGAGGAUGCGUGCGGCAACACGGCCCUGCACACCCUCUGCUACCGGGUCAGCGACGACGGCAUAGACUGUGACGUGGCGGUCGUCGGGCGAGACCGACGGUCGCUAGCUUGCGACCAGGCGACGGGCAUUUCCCCAUCCAUUGAUAUGGUUGAAAUGCUCCUGUCGUUCGAGACGCCCACCAAGAACACGAUGACGGCCAUUGCCUGUUUUCUUGCUGAGCGCGGUGCGGAUUUAGACUACUACAAUCACGACUUCAAGACACCGCUGGAGUUGUGCAGCGACCCAGCCAUGGCUGAGAUAAUCCGGGCAUAUUCGCCCAAGGAAAGAGCAGCCGCAGCAGCGGCAGAAACCCGAGCAGCUGAGUAUGAGCACAGCGUCUUUGCGGCGCAGGAAUCCGCUGCGUCCAAUCACACCGCUGCCUCGCCGUACAGCAUCCCAAUACUGGUGACGCCUGCAGUGCUGCGUACAGUGAGCAUGGAGGUGAACGUGCCGGACGAGCGGCCACACUCCACGGGCACAGCACGCGCAACAUCGGGAAACACCGAUGGCACGCAGAGCGGAGAUGGUGCAGGUGAUGCUGCUGGCGAUGCCGACCUGCCAGAGGAAUGUGUCCUGUGUGAGAGCCUAGCCACCGUGAUGUUUGAACCGUGUGGUCACAUUCAAGCUUGCACUGAAUGCUGCGUGCUUGUGAAGAAGUGUACGCGAUGCAAGACACAAGUUCAAAGACGACUAUCCUCCAGUCGAGAUGUGGAGUAUGUCCGAGAAGGCGGCCGGGCACUUGCUAUACCUCUACAUACCAGCGACCAAGCCAUGCUGUAGCCGUAGAAACCAAUCCAUGCUGUAACCGUAGCAACCAAGCCAUGCUGUAGCCGUAGCGACCAAGCCAUGCUGUAACCGUAUCGACCAAGACAUGCUGUAACUGUAGCGACCAAGCCAUGCGGUAACCGUAGCGACCAAACCACGCUGUAACCGUACAGGAACGCUGGCAGGGGCGUCGGACACGCUGCGGUCACUACGGUAUUGACCGUACCACUUUUGCACCCAGGCACCCCAAGAAUAAAUAAAAAACACGGAUUUGGACUCUAGAUUUUGAAAAUUUGCAGCAGAGCCACCCCUCCCACCAAUAAACUGUACCCCAGGUGGCUGACCAUACCACCCUGAAUUCCCUUUCGACGCCCCUGGCUGACCAUACAGUCAGAAGUUUGUCUUCGACGCAUGCGGAAAUAGCAUGGCGUGCCACCAAUACGUUACACCAAUAGCACCGCAGGCAUGCUCAAGUUAAAACUUUUCUACCCGCAAGUGCCAGUUACGUCGAAGUAAGCAGAAGCGCUGAGAGGCUUGCAAAGAAUCCGGAUCAGUCUUCAAGACGUGCUGAAAUGGCAUGGCGUUCCACCGACACGCCAGCACAGUAUAUGCGCUCGGGUCGACACCGUCCUCCGAUAGCUGGCCUGCUCUCGGCUGAUUUCUCAAGCUUGCAGUUUUUCACCGUCCGCACCUUGAGGACCUCCUGCAAGGGCAUUGACUGUUCCAGGAGCACUGUAAAUAGAAUCACGGUCAUUUCAUGCCAAAGGACACAGGCUACGUGCUUACAAUAUUUGCGGAAUGCCACACACAGGAAAGUAAUGGAUCCUUCUUCACCAACCGCACACAGCAGCUUUGAGAUAAGGGUCGUGCAGCUUGCACCAGUGUGCUUCUCCGCUACUUCCCCCGGGUGUGUGUGUGUGUGUGUGUGUGUGUGUGUGUGUGUGUGUGUGUGUGUGUGUGUGUGUGUGUGUGUGUGUGUGUGUGUGUGUGUGUGAUCUUGCACAGAUCCAUAUGACUUGUGCCAGUGUGUACGUACAUACGUGCUUGCGUAUCUGUGUACAAGACCAAAGCUACAUGUACAAGUAAGGAAACCAAUGUGUUCUGGCUGCCCUGGAACUGCAGUGCUUCGGUUGAGAUAUGUUUUCUAUGUAAGUUGUACCAUUAAAUUUUAUAUAAUAAGUCAGUGCGCUAUUGAGCAGAACGUAUGUUAUUACUAGACACAAUCUCAUAGCAUGUGACAAGCAUGGUAAUACAGGGACAGAAUCCCCGGAGACAAGGGCGUUGAGCCAGCCACGGCAUGUUGAGCCCGCUCAAAGCGCAUGUUGAGCCCGCUAAGAGUGUAUGUUGAGCCCGCUAAGAGUGUAUGUUGACCCCGCUCACAGCGCAUGUUGACCCCGCUCACAGCGCAUGUUGAGCCCGCUCACAGUGCAUGUUGAGCCCGCUCAGCUGGUACCAGCAAUCCUCAACAGAACGAACCCGGCCAACAAAAGCUGACGCAACAGAAUCAUUUCCAAAUAAUUAUUUCGCUUUCCGCUCCCUCCCCCCCCCCCCCCCCCCCCCUACCCACUCCUCUGGCCUGGCUUGUCUUGUUGACAUACGUCAGCGCUGCUCCUGUCUAUGCAAACUAUACGUUAUUCUAUUCUUCUUCUCUCGAAUGAUGAAUAUUUUAAGCAUUUUGAACUUGAUAGAAUGUGCCGUCGCAAGGGUGGCGGAGCUUGAUCAACACCCUUUUGUUUUUUCAAUGACAUUAAUAUUGUUACUGAGUGCAAACAUACGGCAUUUGGCAUUUCAAGUUAUAAUCAAGUAAGUGAACCAUCUUCAUCAAUUUCUCCAGACUUUUCCCUUCUUUUAAUUUCAUCCUCAAAUAUAGAACUCAGAUGAUGAGCCAAGG